AUAUAUAUAUUUAUAUAUUAAUUCAUGGCAACGUGAACGAGAUAUGAACUAUAUUGCACAAAUAUGCAUCUGUUAAUACAUGAAUAGCAUAAGACCAUAAUACACAAACAAAUGCACAUAUUUAUACUUAUCUGUGACAGUGUGUAGUUGUGUGUGUUAGAAUGCCUGUUUAUAUAUGUACUGUUUAGUAAAUUAUACAUAUUUAGUUGAUUUCUAACAUUGGAACAAGAUCUAAAAUCUGGGUAUACUGUUAUGUAACGUCCUUGGUAUUUGUCUUGUACUCUGUUUUAUCGACAUCCAAACCCUGACAGGAAAAACUGUCUUCCGUGAGAUUUGAACACAGAACACAAAGGUCCGUAAAGAAGUACCAAGGAAAGAGAAAUGAUAACCAAAACCAUGUAUUCACCUUUUGAAUUUACCAUAAGUUUCAGCUCACGAGCUGUGGCCAUGCUGGGGCAUUAUAACUGCAUAUUGUUUAUCAACUCGUUGAUAACAUUAUGCAAUUAUAUGGAAGAAUAGAAAAAAAAACGUAAACAUGGUGUAUAUGGCUAUCACGUGCACAAGUACAUACAUAACUGCUGUCAUUUCCGAACACAUUCACAUCCAUGUCAACGAAUGAAACAAAAACAUAUAACGUUUAAGCUGUGCUAUACAGGAACUGACAAACCUUCCAAAGGUAAAAGUGUAUGGCUUACUCAUAGAAAAAGUGGAGAGAAAAGAAAUUAUGAGUAAGAGGCGUUGGAGGAUGAUAAGAGAGGUGUUAAUCCUUUCGUAUUUGAAAUAAAGAAACCGAGUCGUGAACAAGAAUAUCAGGCCUGACAUCAGCAUUGUCAUCGAGAAACUAUGAGUGACCCGUUACUCCAGCAAAAUCUAUUCUAUUAAUGACGACGCCAACAAAAUCAAGAAGUGCUUCUUGACCCUGUGCCUGUUUCCUGAGAAUAUUAACAUCAAUAACAUUAUUGAUAUAACCAGCAACUAGCAGCAGCAGCAGCAGCACCACCACCACCACCACCACCACCACCACCACAACCACCACCACCACUACAAUAACAAUAACAACAACAACAACAUCUGCUGCAAUAUCAAUUAGAAAAAUGGACGCAAUCAUUCGCCAUCUUCUAGAAACAAAUUCCAACGAAAAUAUGACUUUGGAAAUUCUCAACGAAAAAAUAUUUCUCAUGAAUCAACCAGCAAUUGUUUUUAUCUGUCUUCUUUUUCCGAUUGGAAUACUGGGUAACUGCGCUGUGAUUUAUAUUUAUCUUUGUUGCUUGCGUUAUUCGAACUUGAAUUUAUUCAUCAGCAGUCUUGCAUUCUUCGAUUUGAUAUGCUGUUUAAUCGGCAUCAAUUUUGAGCUGAUUGAUUUAUUCUUACCAGUUAUGCAUCCAUCUAAAUUGAUUUGUAAAUUUCAAAGACUUUCUGUAUUCUUUUGUUGCAUUGGAUCUUCAUUAAUGUUACUUGCCAUCGCUCUUGAACGUUACCAGAAAGUUUGCCGUCCCACCAACUUUCAGUUCUCUAAAUUCCAAGGAAGAAUCCUGACAUUUGUAAUCAAUUUUUGCUCACUUGCAUUCUCCUUGCCAGUUAUUUGGGCAAUAAGGAUUGACGUACCAGACUUUGAAUAUAAGUUAAACGUAAGUACUUGUGAAUUUAAAUCAUCAGUUAGUUGGAGAAUCUAUUUUGCAGCCGUUUUUCUUGGCUAUUCGUUAGAUCUCAUCGUAAAUUUCGUUCUUUAUUGUUUAGUUUGGCGUACUGCACGACGCCACUUUCUUCGUUUAGACAUGCCCGACGAAUCUAAACUGGAUAAAGAUAAACGAAAAAAUAUCAGAAAACUUCAUCGGAUAAAUCGAACAGUAAUUUCUAUAACUGCAUUGUUCGCACUUAGUUUCUCUCCUUUCUGUAUUUUGUCUUUAAUACCGAAAGAUGUGGAAAGCAAGAAUUUUACAAUCGAAGAAACGAUCAGACGAGUGUGUUCACGUUUGUGGAUUCUUAAUUGCACCAUGAAUCCAGUUGUCUAUGGGUUCUGUAACAAAGAAUUUCGAAUUCAGGUCAAGCGCAUAGUUUAUGGAUUAGUGCGCAAGAACAUAUCUACAAACUCUAGUCAAAUCGAUUGCACUGAAGAUGAUGAAAAUAACUAAAGGAAAACGUUCUAAAUUUAAUCUGUCACAGAAAAAGAACAAGUAUGUUGGAAAACAAGAUUUAUUUUUCAUUAUGAGAAAAUAACUAACUAUACAAUCAAACACAAACACUCACAACUAAAGACACAGAACUAAAAUACACACAUUUAUCUACUCAUAUACAUACACAAACUGACAAUCACUGACAUUGUUUAUCAAACUGGUAGUGAGAAUGUAAUGUAUAAUGCAUUUAUUCAAACUCAUUGGCAUGCUUCAUAGAAUUGUUAAUAUAAACAAACACAAUUUAUACUUACGGAAUGUAUUAUUUAAGCGUAUGAAAAUGUUUAAAGCUUUUCAAUUGACAA